UGUUCACAUUGUGAAGCUGCCGUUUCGUGAGUUUCGUAUUAUUUCGUAAGUUCACAUUUCCUACAAGCGCAAGCUGAAUGCCUUCGCUUUGCCUCAAUAUUCUAAUCGGCCUUGAGCGAGACGGGGAAGAGAUAAAAAGUACAGCACGCCAGCGAUGGACGGCGUCACAUUCAUCCCAAAACGAAGGGCCCAGAUUGGAGAUUGACGCAAAUGUUUAUCAUGUGAUAGCGCAGAAUCUCUAGGCAUCCAGCCACGGAGAGAGGGACGGGAAGGGCUUCCUAUCGACGGCCACGAAGCAGAAAGGAUCAAUGAUGGCGCCCCGAUGGCUGUUGAUUGGAAGCCUGGUAGUUCUUAUGCAAUUUGUUCCUGAAGUUCGUGCUUGGGGAAAAGAAGGCCACUAUGUGGUGUGCAAGAUAGCAGAGGCUCUGCUAUCUGAGGAUGCAGCCAAUGCUGUCAAGGCACUUCUUCCAGAACAUGCUCAUGGUGAACUUGCUUCUGUCUGUUCGUGGGCUGAUGAAAUUCGUCACUACCAUGACUGGCGUUGGAGUAGUCCUCUACAUUAUAUUGAUACACCAGACUUUAGAUGCAAUUAUGAAUACUGCAGAGAUUGCCAUGACUCUGCUGGGGUCGCCGACAGGUGUGUUGCUGGAGCAAUCUAUAACUAUACACAACAACUUGCAAAUUGUAAUAAUCCUUCGUUUAAGGAAAGACACAAUAUGACAGAAGCUCUGCUCUUCCUGUCACAUUUUAUGGGGGAUAUCCACCAGCCGCUGCAUGUGGGUUUCACCGGUGAUUUGGGUGGCAACACUAUCAUUGUGCACUGGUAUAGACGAAAGGCCAACUUGCAUCAUGUAUGGGAUAGUAUGAUUAUUGAAACUGCUUUAAAGGAGUACUAUGGCUCUCAAAUUGAGAAUAUGACACAAGCCAUUCAAAGGAAUAUCAUGGAUGACUGGUCUGAUGAUGUUGCUCACUGGGAGAGUUGUAUUUCAAAUGCUAUGGUUUGUCCAGACCCGUACGCAACAGAAAGUGUCCGCUUGGCAUGCAAAUUUGCUUAUAAGAAUGCAACACCAGGAAGCACAUUAUCAGAUGCUUACUUCCAUUCUAGGCUUCCAGUGGUGGAGAAGAGGCUGGCUCAAGGAGGUGUGCGCCUUGCUGCGACUCUCAACAGAAUAUUCGCACCUUCAAUCAAGCUUUAUUCCACAACCGAAGGCUCCAUCCACAUUAUUUAAAACACCUGUCUCAACCGAACAUGAAAAGUCCACAUUGAAGUCAAUGUGAACCAAGUGAAUCUCAACUUUGGACAGACCACACAACAUGUUCCAAUAGUUUCAUCAAAUUGUAUAUAACAUAACCAUCAUUUAUGCAACAUUUACCCAAUGUUUCAUCCACCUGUAUCUACAAUCUAUCACUGUACCAACAUGUGCAAGGAUUAAUCAAGACUUGCCCCACGGAUUCAACUCUCUA